AUGCUGUCCCCGCCACCCCGGCAGAUGCGCCAGAACUACCACCCCGACUGCGAGGCCGCCAUCAACAGUCAAGUCAACCUGCAGCUCCACGCCUCCAUCGUGUACCUGGCCGUGGCCUUUUACCUCGACCGAGACGACGUGGCCUUGAAGCAGUUCUUCAGCUUCUUCCUGCGCAGCUCCUACGAGCACCGCGAGCAAGCCAAGGGCCUGCUGCGCCUGCAGAACCAGCGCGGGGGCCGCUUCCAACUCGGCAACGUCUGCAAGCUAGACACCGACGACUGGGAGAGCGGCCUCAAGGCCAUGCAGUACACCUUGCUCCUGGAGAAGCGCGUCAACCAGAGCCUGCUCGACCUGCACCAGCUGGCCACCGACAAGAGGGACCCCCAACUGUGUCACUUCCUGGAGACCCACUACCUCGAGCAGCAGGUGGAGUUCAUCAGAGAGCUGGGGGAUCAAGUCACCAGCCUGAGCAACAUGGAAGCCCCGAAUGGCGACACGGCAGAGUACCUCUUUGGCAAGCUCACCCUGGGCGAUGGCGACAAGAAGGACUGA